GUGGACAACUUGAAUAUCACACAUGAAAACUUAAAGCUGGAACUUGAAAACAGCCACUCAGAAAAAGUAGAGGAGUUGAAAAAGGAGUAUGAAUCCUCUUUUUCAGAGCUCAAGAGUGCCCAUGAAUCUGAAAGGAAGUUGCUUGAAGAUUCCUUUAAGGAGAAGCAGGAAUUGCUAGAGAAAAAAAUCGAUGAAUUACAAUGUGAAAACGACUCUCUGAGUGAGAAGUUGAAAUCAGAAGAGCAAAAGCAAAUAGCCAAAGAAAAAGCCAAUCUUAAAAACCCGCAGAUUAUGUAUCUGGAACAGGAGCUGGAAAGUUUGAAAGCGGUGCUGGAGAUCAAGAAUGAGAAACUCCAUCAGCAGGAUAUAAAGCUAAUGAAGAUGGAAAAACUGCUGGAGAACAACACAGUCUUAAUGGAAAAAUUAAAGAAGGUUCAGCAAGAAAAUGAAGAAUUAAAAGCUCGGAUGGACAAACACAUGGAGCUUUCAAGGCAACUUUCUACGGAGCAAGCGGUUUUACAGGAGUCUCUAGAGAAAGAAUCUAAAGUGAACAAACGCCUGUCGAUGGAAAACGAAGAACUUCUGUGGAAGCUGCACAACGGUGACCUAUGCAGCCCAAGAAAACUGUCUCCCAGUUCUCCAUCCGUGCCUCUUCAGUCCCCACGAAAUUCCGGUAACUUCUCCAGUCCUACAGUGUCACCAAGAUGACAUCUCUUGAGAAAGAAGAUUGCAUCUUCUUUGUGAUCUGCAGAGAACAGAUUCUGAAUUUCAUCACAGGAGCAAGAGCUAUAUUAGCUGAGUAUGAUGACUAAACAUAACUGGAAACUAUUUGGUGCAAAAACAGCGAUAAGAGACAGAGUAUGGGAGUAAGACAUUCGUGUUGCUCCUCCCAAAAAGACUUGUUUAUGACCUCUAUGGACAUUGCUGCACGAAGCACUUCCAGAGCAAGGAAAGACUUGUUCAUUGCCUUUUCACCUAACUAUAAGAAAAAGCUCAGGGGCUUAAAGAUAAAGAUCACAACCUUUAUAAUAUGUUCCUUAUCACAGACACCUUUUUAAGGCUGUGCGUAUGCAUGUGUGCGUGUGCUGUGGAUGGGAUGGAUGUAACACACUGUGCGUGUGUCUAAUGCUGCCUUCUUUGCUGUGUACGUAAUAAAGGAUAAAAGCUGAAGACUA